AACGCGUGCAGCAGGAUCCGAAAUUAUUACAAUUUUUAUAAAUAAUUCCAUCGUUUUUUUUAACUGGAUUCAAUUGCUAUUUGUGUGCUUCGAACUAUGAAUUAUGCUUAGCCGCAUAGGACGCAGCCAGUUGCAGCAGCGGCUGCUGUUGCCGCUACUAAUCCUCUUGGUGGUUGGCUCCGUGGAAAGCUUUGUCAAUUCGCCCAAGAUCAUCAGCAAGGACGGCAAUCUGAUAUUCGAGUCUGGGGCCAAUCGCAACAUCAGCUUUCGACUGAGCGGCAGCUCCCGGCUGGUCAUUAAUGAGGAAUACGAUGUGCUGGACCUGCUGAUGCCCAUCAGUGGCAGCAAGAAGCGACCCACAGGCGGCGAUGCCAAGGACGAGUGGAAUGGCGUCGAUGACAUUGUCGAUUUGCGCGAUCUUGCCGAUCAGCUAACUGAAUUCAGAUCCCAAGCCCUCGGUCCCAAUGGACUCAACAGCAGAUUACGUCAGCUGCAAAAUAGGACACGUGCUAGCAAUGUGCUGCUGCGUCGUCUGCAUUCGCGACUGCGCGUCGUGGAGAACAAGGUGCAGCGGCUGAAGACGAAGGUCGAGCUGGACAGCUGCCACAGCAAUCCAUGCGCGAAUGGCGGGACCUGUUUGAACACCUUUAACGGAUACCGUUGCCAGUGCGUUGCCGCCUUUGAGGGCAGCAGGUGCGAGCGGGAUGUGAACGAGUGCGCCCUGCUGGAAGGCACCGACCUGGGCUGCCAGAACGGGGGCCAGUGUGUCAAUCAGUUCGGCUCGUUCAGCUGCAUGUGCGCGCCCGGCUGGCACGGCAUGCACUGCAGCCAGCGGAAGACGGACUGUGCAGCUGCCAGCACCUGGGAGCUGUGCGGCCACGGCAGCUGCGUGCCCAGCAGCGAUGCGAUGGGCUAUCGUUGCCUGUGUGAGGCUGGCUGGCGCAGCAACGGACUGACGCCCACUUGCACCGAGGACGUGGAUGAGUGCACAGCGGCUGCGCACACGCCCUGCUCCACCAAAUGCAUCAAUUUGCCGGGCAGCUUCACCUGUGCACCGUGCGCGCCCGGCCUAACCGGCAACGGCGUCAGCUGUCGCGACAUCAACGAAUGCGACACCAACAACGGUGGCUGCAGCCUCAGUCCGCGUGUCGAGUGCAUCAACACCUAUGGCGCGAGCCACUGCGGCGAAUGUCCCGUCGGCUGGACGGGCGACGGACGCACUUGCCAGCGCAACAGCAACAGCAACGGCAACGGGAAUGGGAAUGAGAAUGGGAACGGCAACAGCUCGCCCAAUGGCAUUGGCUACACCAGCUGCACGCAGCGCAACUCGCUCUGCCACCCGGCGGCCAUUUGCUCCGAGAUCUCCAACACGAUCAUCUGCAGCUGUCCCGCCGGCAUGGUGGGCAGCGGCUACGGGGAAACCGGCUGCAUCCGCGGCACCAACAAAAACUGCAAUGAUCUGCCCUGUUUGAAUGGAGGCGUUUGCAUGGAUGCUGGCCCCUCGAACUAUACGUGCAUUUGUCCGCGCGGGUUCCAUGGGCCACGCUGCGAUCCGUUGCCCGACUCGUGCGCAUCGCAGCCCUGCAAGAACAACGGACGCUGCAGUCCGACGCCCUCGAUUGGAGGCGGCGGCUUCGUGUGCCAGUGCCAGCCGGGCUAUCGGGGUCGGCUAUGCGAUGUGCGGUUCAGCAGCUGCAAUGCGAUGCUAACUGGGCUGACUGGACGACUCCGGUAUCCGCCGGUGAGCGACAGCUAUGAGCACAACUCGCAAUGUGCCUGGGUAAUCCGAACGAACGAGUCGCUGGUGCUGAACGUGACAUUCCAGAGCUUCGACGUGGAGGACUCGACGGAGUGCCGCUUCGAUUGGCUGCAGAUAAACGAUGGCCGCUCGGCAGCGGCCCAGAUCAUUGGACGCUAUUGCGGCAAUCACAAGCCACACGGCGGCAACAUCAUCUCGUCCAGCAAUCAGCUCUACUUGUGGUUCCGCUCCGACAAUUCGACGGCACGCGCUGGCUUCGAUCUCACCUGGGAGUCGAUGGAGCCGCAGUGUGGCGGCCUCGUUGAGUUCGAGACCCACGGCACCCUGGCCUCGCCCGGCUCUCCUGGCAAUUAUCCACGAAACCGCGACUGCCAGUGGCGUCUGGUCGCGCCGAGCAGCAAGCGCAUCAAGCUGACAUUCUUCAGCCUUCAGCUGGAGGAGCAUGACAGUUGUAACUUUGACUUCGUCUCGAUAAGCGACGCCAUCUCUGACCGGGAGCUGUACAAGUAUUGCAGCCGAGAGCGGCCGGCGCCGCUGUUGCUGCCCACACACGAGGCCAUCAUACGCUUCCAUUCGGAUGAGACAGGCAGCGACUUGGGCUUCCAGCUGCACUAUUCAGCCGAAGAACGGCUGCCGGGCUGCGGCGGGGUCUACACCAGCAAGGAGGGUACCAUACGCUCUCCAAACUAUGCCCUAGGCACGGGCGCCAUCUCAUGCGAGUACGAGAUACGAUUGGCAUUGGGUGAGUCCAUUAGCUUGGACUUCAACAGCUUCGAGCUUGCAGUGGAUUCCUGCAUUGAGCUGUACGACGUCAUGAAUACGCCCAAUGUCCAGGCGAGCCUUCUGUCCGUGCUCCAAAGCAAGCACUGCGGAAGUGCUAGCUCACUGCCGCCCAGCUUCCAUUCGCUCUACAAUCGCGUGCGCGUCAAGUUCUACACCAGCAAUGCGCCCAGUGCCGUGGUCGACCGCUUCGAGCUGCACUAUCACAUGGACUGCUCACACACCUACGAUGCGGUCAGCGGAAGCAUCACCUCGCCUGGCUACCCCAACUCGACCAGCAGCACACGACUCUGCACAUAUAAGAUCUUGACUGAGCCCAACACGGUUAUUACGCUGAAGCGCAUUGACUUUCAGCUAUCGGAUAGGACGAUGGAAGCCUUGUCCUCGGAGGCGGACUCUGACGAGACUGAUGAGGCUGGGGAAUGCAUUGGCGGCACGUCUCUGAUCAUCAAUGACGGCCUCAACCGCGCCAUACUGGGACCCUACUGUGGCCAGAAGGUGCCCGCGGAGGAAUAUGUUAGUCAGAGCAAUAUGCUAGUGCUGCAUCUUCAGACGCAGCUGGGCAGCACGGGUCGUGGCUUCCGCUUCGACUACCGCGCCGUGCCGGUGGAGAGCAAUCAGUGCGGUGGCGUGCACACCAAGGAGGGCCAGAACAUACGUUUGCCGGUGGACGAAACGGGCUCGUAUAGAAAUGAUUUGACCUGCUAUUGGAUCAUUAUGGCACCGCCGACUAAGGCCAUCCUGUUGCACUGGCUCAGUUUCCAGUUGGAAGGCACCUCGGACUGUAGCUACGACUAUGUGGAGCUCUACGAUGGCCUGGUUGUCGGCGAGGCCAAGCCAGCUAGUGCGUUGGCCCGCUAUUGCGAUGCCCAUGUGCCAGAAGAUCUCUUAAGCCACGCUCGCCUUCUGACCGUCAAGUUCGUGUCGGACUUUAGCGAUGUGGCCAAUGGCUUCGAGCUGUCCUAUCGGUUCGUCGAGCGUAACACCUGUGGCGGUCAUAUACACGCCUCCAACGGCAUGCUCAACUCGCCCGAAUACCCGCUGAACUACACCAACGGACUCGACUGCAUCUGGCAGCUGACAUCGCCGGCAGGCAGCCAGAUGGAGCUGCAGGUUGACAUGUUCGAGCUGGCAGCCACACGCAACUGCAGUGGCGAUUGGUUGGAGAUCCGCAACGGUCGCAGCAACAGAUCCUCCCUGAUCGGACGCUUCUGCGGCACGAACAUACCGCGACGUAUACCCAGCUUUACUCACGAUCUCUAUCUGCAUUUCCAUACGGAUGAUGUGGACGUCGCUCGUGGCUUCCGACUGUCGUGGCGCGUCUUUGCCAAUGGCUGCGGCGGUCGUCUGAUUGGCAAUGGAGGCGUCAUCACCUCGCCCAACUAUCCCAGCACUUAUCCGCACAACGCGCAAUGCGAGUGGCAGCUGCGCGUUCACUCCGGCUCCAGCUUGCAGAUAGUCAUUGAGGACUUGGAGAUGGAAGACCUCUACGACUGCAGCUACGAUUACUUGCGCAUCUACAACGGCGGCAGCAGCAGCCGACUUCUGGACCUAACAUAUUUCUUGCUGUGCUCCAUGCCGGACGAACGCAAUCGCGUGCUGCACAUCGAUGACAAUGAGGCAAUCAUUGUCUUCCACUCAGAUAUUAAUAAUGCGGAUCGCGGCUUUCGGCUGUCCUACAGCGCCGUCUGCCAGAACAUACUGAACACAACCCAGGGCGUCAUCGAGAGCAUCAACUAUGGCGAGGCCUUCUUCGAGGGCGUCGUCAACUGCAGCUGGCAGCUGCGACCGCCUCGCGGCAAUCAUAUUCGUCUGGAGUUUUCACACUUUGAUUAUCGGGAAAUGCGCCUGCCCACCGACGCGGAUGGUGGUGUCUACCUGAUUGACGGCGCUAGCGUGGUGCCCGUGCUAGGCCUGAACGCGUACAGUUCCAAAGGCGAUGUCUUGACAAUUGUCCACAAUACGAGCAGAAUCAACUUCCGCCUGGAGUUCCGCGUCGACGGCUGCCUGCAGGAGCUGCGUGGCGAGACGGGCUCAUUCCGUUCGCCCAAGCAUCCGCUAGUGUAUCCAAACGACCUGGAAUGCUAUUGGCUGAUACACGCACUGCCCGGCCAGGUCAUUGAGCUGACUGUCCAGGACAUGGACAUCGAGGAGAGCGUCAAUUGUACCAAGGAUGCCCUUGUGAUUUCAAAUAGCUUCCGUGAUGUCAACGUCCAUAACAGACACUGCGGCCGGAAUGCCAAGCUGAUCUAUACCAGCGCCGGGCACAAGCUGCACGUGCGCCUCAUCACCGACAGCUCACACAACGGACUGGGCUUCGAGGCCAGCUAUCGCGUUAUAAAAAGCCCUUGUGGUGGCAAAUUGUCGACGAAAAGUGGCAUCAUUCAGUCGCCGAACUAUCCAAAGCCCUACCCGCGCAACAGCGAAUGCGAGUGGCUGCUGGAGGUGUCGCCUCAUCACACGAUCAUCUUUGAUAUAAACAUCAUGAACUUGGAGUCGGGCUACGAAUGCGGCUGGGACUAUGUGGCUGCCUACGAUAUGAGCGGCAGCAGUGGCAUUGGCGAGAGUGACACGGACAGCGAUACGCUCGAUGACAGCGAGGGCCAUCAGAUAUUUAAAUUGUGCGGCAGAGGAGGCGAGUCACUGCCAGCGCGAAACGAGUCUGCCACGAACCGGGCCGUUGUGCGCUUUGUCACGGACGAUUCCGUGCAGAGCGGAGGCUUUCAGUUGCAGUAUCGCGAGUCCUGUGGCCAGAAACUGUCCAUCGACGAGACAGACUUUCAGUAUUUGGUCCUGUCGCAUCAGGUGGCGCGCAACGAGACCUGCGUCUGGGUGCUGCAGGCCGCCGACCCGAGCAAGCACAUCAUCUUCACGCCCACGCACAUCCAGCUGCACAGUGCAGCCUCGGCCCUCUAUCCCCAAGAGGGUGACUGCCUGGCCUACGGCGUCCAGGUCUACGAGGGCAUCACGCCUACGGGCAGACCACGGCUGCAAUUCUGCCGCUCCCAUCCCCCGGCGAUCAUAUCGCGUGGCCAUGCUUUGACAGUUAGCGUGCCUAUGGCGCUGGUCGCCGAGUUCGAGGGCCAUUACAUGACUCUGGACACGAUGUGUGGCAGCACCUACAAUGGACUCUCUGGUCGAUUCACGUCGCCCUAUUACCCCGACAGCUAUCCGGUGAACAUUGAAUGCGAAUGGAUUCUGGAGGCCAGCGAGGGUAACUCGCUCUCGCUAACCAUUGAGUCGCUUGAUCUGGAACAGUCCGAGGGCUGCAACAAUGAUUACCUGGAGUUGCGCGAAGAAACCCCACGCGGCGCUCUUAUUGGAGUCUAUUGUGGCAACCAGAUGCCGCCGACGAUACAUUCCAAGGGCAGCAUUUGGCUCAAGUUCAAGAGCAACGAUGACGUGGUCGGCGAGGGCUUCAUGGCCAGCUACAACUAUGAGCAACACAAUGAGCUGAACGGGACACGGGGCAAGGUGGAAUCGCCGCAUUACCCGGACAAGUUUGAGAGCAAUGAGCCAUAUAGUUGGCGCAUCACUGUCGACACGGGGUACGUGGUCUUGUUGAACUUGGAUCAUUUGCGUGAUGUGGACCAGCAGCAUGUUCGCUUCUACAAUGGGUACACGGACAUCGGCGCCCAGCUGGCGGUGCAGCCAUAUAAGCCACUCAUCUCUAGCACCAAUGUGAUCUUCGUCAAGGCCACGCGGGGUCCGUUCCAGUUCAGUUGGGAGCGCUUGUCCAAGGAGGCAUUGGCCUCGAAUCGCACUGCCGAGCUGCAGGCACGCCAAUGCGGCCAGCAGUUGGUCGCCCUGAAUCGCUCCAUCGUCGCCUUCAACUCGCCCGGCUACCCACUGGGCUACGCACAAAACCUGAACUGCACCUGGACCCUAGUGCCAAGCAACCCGGCUACACAUGCAGCCGUACAGCUAAACACGGUUGACUUCGAGCAGUUCUCGGAUGCCUGCUUCGCCGACUUUUUGGUUGUCUCCAGCAGCAGUGAUAUGCAGAGCUGGACGCAGCUCACGAAGGUAUGCAAACAGCUGAAUAAUACCGAGAAGCCGGUCUACCAUGGCAAGCCGUACCUGCGCCUGCAGUUCGUCACCGAUGCCAGCGUCAACAGGACGGGGUUCGCGAGCGUGCUUCGCACCAUGUGCGGCUCGGAGCUGACAGCCCAACAGGGUACGGUCAACAUAACGGAGCUGAUGCUGAACAGCUUGAUAAAUCCCCUGGAGUGCAUUUGGACGAUACGGGUGCGCCAGGGCAAGCGCAUACGGAUCACAUUCCUCGAAUCGCAGCUGAACUCUCCCAACAGUGUCGUUGAAGUGGAUAGCUGUGCCAAUUUCUUUCUGGUGCGCAAUGGCUAUGCGGAGGAUUCGCCUUUCCUUGGCCGUGGCAAAUACUGUGAGAACAACAUUACCGAUGUGCUGGAGACCAGCUCGAACCGGGCUUACGUCAAGUUCCAAAAGAAGCUGUUUCCAUAUUUCCGUGCCGCCUUCCGAUACGAAGAGCUGGGCCACGCCUGUUCCGGCCAUAUCGUGCUCGAGGAGGGACCCGGCAAUAAUAGCGAACGCCUCAUCAGCUCUCCCAACUAUCCCAAUUUACCGAACCCGCACUCGGAGUGCGUGUGGCGCAUCAGUGCGCCGCCCCAUCAUCGCAUCGCUGUGCAGUUCAUUGGCAACUUCGAUCUGACAGCGAGCAGCCUCAGCCACAGCAGUGCGGAGGAGGAUGGCUGCGAUCGCGAGUUCGUUCAGCUGAACGAUGGCAGCACUGAGCUGAUGCCCCAGCUCGGUCGCUUCUGUGGCAAUCGCAAGCCGGACAUCGUCUACACCUCGGGCAGCGAGCUCCGCAUGAAGUUCUACACGAGCGUACUGGAGCCCCAUUCGGGCUUCCAGGCGGUCAUCAAGCUGGCCGAUUGCGGCGGCAGCUACUACAGCGCCAGUGGACUGAUCCGUUCGCCCAGCGCGGAGCAGCUGCAGCUGCACCUGCAGACGAACAAGCUUAAGGAGUGCGUCUUCACCAUCGAGGUGGAAAAGGGCAGCACAAUCGACCUGAAGUUCGAGACGAUGCAGCUGCCGCAGGCGAUAAAUGGCAAUUGCACAGAGCACACACAUUUGGAGCUGGAGGAGAUAGAGCCGUUUGGCGACACCAUCAGUGACCGUCUGACGAUUUGCGGCAAUUCCGAGCGACACUUUCUCGUGGAGACCAACAAAAUUGUGAUCCACUUGCGCAUGCCCAGCGGGCAACUGGGCAGCGACCAGAGCUUCCAGUUGCGCUAUAGCGCAAUCGGAGCUCGCUGCGGGGAGACCAUCCACGCUGUGCAGGGCGUGCUGCAGACACCGAACUACCCUUCGGGUGUCCGCGUGCCAACGCACUGUGUCUGGCGCGUUCAGGUGCCCAAGGGACGGCGCGUCAAGGUGGAAAUACUGGACUUUGACAAUGGGGGCACCACGAACAACACGCACAGCAGCUUCCGCGGGCGCAUCACCUUCUCCAACGACCACAAGAUGCAGUCCGUCAUUGGACGCUAUGCGUACAAUCCGCCCGCGGAGGUCCUCUCCACGGACAACACGAUGGGCAUCGAUGCAUUCAUAUUGCCCUUCAGCCAGCAUCGCGGAUUCAAGUUGCGCUUCAGCGCCUUCGGUCAGAGCGAAUGUCGCGCCCGACUCGACUUCACUGUCAGCGGCAUGUUGCUCUUCAGCAGGCAAAACGACAGCAGCUUGGUGCACUGCAGCUACGAGCUGCGACCGCCGCAGAAUAGCACGCUGUUGCUGCAGGUGCAGCGCUUCAACACGACGUUCGCCUUCAUGAGCAACAGUCACAUCUGCCGCGUGAUGACGCCCCUCAAGCUGAUACGUCCAGACGAGUCUGAGCCGCUGCUGCCGAUGAUGCUCUGUCAGGGCAACCAGGACAGCCAGGACAACCAGGCGAAUCUGUCCUCUCGCAGCGUGCGUUUGCCUUUUCCCGUUGUCAUGACCGUCACGGGCAACCGACGCAACAACCUGCAGCUGCUCCAGCUGGCCUACAGCCUGCAGCGUUGUGGUGGCAUUGUGCCCCUGGAGCUGGGCGACAACAUAACCAUCACACAGCCCAGCCACCUGGCCGGUGAGCAGACUAUCAACUGCGCCUGGGCCGUCGGGCCGGAUCAAACGCUCGAGGAGCCGCUUUCCCCGCAGGACGUGCAGCUGGAGGUGUCCGUGAGCGCUAAUCUCGGAGGCGACUGCCAGCUGCACUACCUCGUGCUCUACAGCGGUCCCGACCAGAACUCUCCGGUUAUGGGUCGCUAUUGCAAUCAGGUGACGGCCAUAAACUUGGUGGUCGAGCGAGGUCUGUUCCUGGAAUAUCAUUUGGAGUCGCCGGCCAACGCCAAUCGCAAUUCCAGCUUCAAUGUGACCGUCAAAUACGGCAGCGGCUGCGGUGGCCGUCUGACCUAUCCGUAUCGCAUAAUUGACUUCAGCGAGCAGUACAAGAACAACGUGGAGUGCAUCUGGGAGAUCGAGGCCGAGCCGGGCUUUCACAUUGCGCUCUCGUUCCUGGGACGUUUCUACAUUGAGGACAGCGCCAAGUGCGCCAAGGACUAUUUGCGUGUCCAACAGCGCAACAGCAGCAACUUGUCGCUGGGCAAUUGGACGGACCUGACGACCCUCUGUGGGCGCAACCCGCCCAACAUAAUUGAAUCCACGAGUCCAAUGAUGCGGCUAAUCUUUCGCUCGGAUGGCGACGUAACGGGCGAUGGGUUCAGUGCGCUAUUCGAGCGCAUCUGCGGCGGCGUUCUGUUAGCCAGCCCCGAGACGCAGGAGAUCAUCAGUCCGGGCUACCCGAAGGGCUACGCCAAGAAUCUCUAUUGCAACUAUACGAUCAGGCCUCGCGACACCAAUGCAGUCGGCGUGCUGGUGAGCCUAGUCGACUUCGACUUGGAGCGCUCGCCAAUGAGUGCUUGCAUGUUCGACAAUGUGACGGUGACGACGCGCGACGACAACGACAAGUCUCAGGAGGUUGUGAUCUGCGGCCACAAGAAUCAAUAUGCCUAUCGCGCCCAGAGCUCCAUUAGCUUCGUGUUCCGGUCGGACAGCUCGUUUAGCGGGCGUGGCUUCAAGCUGGAGUAUACUACGAAUCUGUGCGGCGGCGUCGUCAGGUCAUCGCAAAUAGUGGAGUCACAGCGGCAGCAUCAGGACAAUCUGAUGCCGCACAACAGCGACUGCUAUUGGAAUCUGACAGCGCCGGAGGGCCACAAGUUUACUAUCAAGUUCGAGCUGCUCGACUUUGAGGACGGCAAUCAGCUGUGCAGCUACGAUGGCGUCGAGGUCUUCUCCAGCCCCGUGCCGGACGAAAAGCAACGCAUGGCAUGCUUCUGCGGACGCCUGACCGAUAAUCUGCCCACGCUGCACAUACCCACCAAUCGGGCGCUGAUCCACAGCUAUUCGGAUGACCGGGAUCCGUCAGUUGGCUUCCGGGCGCUGGUGCGCAUUAUGCCCAACUGCGAUGAGAGCAUCUACCUGGGCGAGCACAAUGCCAGCUAUACGUUCAACAAGUUUGUCGGCUCCUAUGCAAACAAUCUGGACUGCAGCUUUAAGUUCCGGGCGAACGCCGGCUUUCAGAUUAGCGUCGAGUUCCGCAGCUUUCACGUGGAAGAGACGAAGGACUGCUCCGGCGACUUUUUGGAGUUGCGCGAUGGCGCCGGACCGUUUGCCGACGAGAUCGGCAAGUUCUGUGGCCAAAACUUACCCCCCACGCUAACCGCAUCGCGUCACGUGCUCUUCAUGCGUUUCGUCACCGACUCUAAAGGCACGGAUACCGGCUUCGAGCUGAUUGUUACGGCCAGGCCGCUGCAGUGCGGCAGCUCGCUGAUUAAACUGGAUGGCAAACAGCCCCACGAGCUGCGUUCCCCGGUCAAUGAUCAGGGCAACUACGACAACAACGUCUUCUGCUUGUGGAAGAUCGAGAGCGAAAUAUCGCUGCAUCUCAAAUUUAUCAGCCUCGACCUGGAGGCGCCCAAUGCGACGGGCAGCUGCGACUCGGACUUCAUAAGGAUCUACAGUACUGAGGAUGCGCAACUGGUGGAGCAGGGCUAUGGCGAUGAGGUGGUCUUCAAUGGACGAAAGUAUUCGCCUCUGUAUUACGAAUAUUCCUUGGAGCAUGUGUAUUGUGGCAAUGCUUUGCCGGAUGAUUACUACCCCAAGUCGAAGCGGGUGUACGUGAAGUUCCGUACCAAUAGUGCCGUUACGAGGUCCGGCUUUCGCAUUCUCAUUGUGCCGGACGCGACCUGCAAGUAUAGCUAUGGUGGCUUGCAGGGACGCCUCAAGAUCUCGGAAAGUCUUGACUGCGAUGCCGAAAUCUUGGCACCGGCCAAUCACACGCUUAGCCUUUACUAUUCUGAGGUGGUCUUUGGCUCGUCCGAUUGUGACGUGGAGCACGUCGAGGUCUUCGAGAAGUCCAGCAACAAGUCGCUGCAGCGAGUGUGCUCCUAUAUGGACCCCGGCAAGAGCCUCUUCACGUCGACCAACGAGCUGCGCCUGCACUUCAAGACGGGCAGCUACUUCAACAGCUUCGACGUGACAUACAUUGCCACACCUGUCGCCGAUGGGCCCGGCUGCGGAGGCAAGCUGUACAACACCGAGGGCAUCUUCUCCAAUCCUUUCUAUCCGCAGAACGUGCGCAACAACUCCGACUGUCUCUGGAGCAUUCGUGUGCCCAGCAACACGCGCGUCCUGCUCAACUUUGAAUUCUUCAAUCUGGGCUCGAAGGCCACUUGCCAUACGGACUACCUGCUGAUCCAGGAGCAGAACGAGCGCAACGAGCUGCAGGAGAUGCGACGCUUCUGUGGCGAAGACAAGCCCCGCAUCUACUUGAGCAAGCGCAGCCAGCUGUCCGUCCGUUUCCACAAGUCGGUCAACUACGACGGCAUCGGCUGGGUAAUCAAAUUUUCGGGCGUCUACAGCAACUACGAGAUACCUCCAUAUAUGCUUGAGUAGCUGAGCCAAUAAUUCACCAAUGCGAAACAGUUCGAUAUAUUUUUUGU